AUGUAUACUGUUAUUGUUAUACAACUUCUACUACUCGAUAGUAUCUGUGGAAUAUCCUUCUUUAAAACUAAAAAGGAAGUUAAAACAGUUCUUAAUACCGUAAUUGGUAUUGAUCUAGGAACAACAUAUUCAUGUGUCGGCAUCUAUAAAAAUUGCCAUGUGGAAAUUAUCGAAAAUGAUCAAGGUGGUCGAAUAACACCAUCAUUUGUUGGUUUUACACCAAAUGGCGAGCGAUUAGUUGGUGAUGCUGCUAAAAAUCUGCUUACAUCUAAUCCUGAAAGUACCAUAUUUCAUAUGAAACGAUUGAUCGGUCGUCAAUUCAAUGAUCCAAUGGUAGCACAUGAUAUAAAAACAUUUCCAUUUAAAGUCAUCGAAAAAAAUGGAAAACCACUUGUACAAGUGUACACAGGUCUUGACGAAAAGUUAUUUGCACCUGAAGAAAUUUCCGCCAUGGUACUCAGUAAAAUGCGCCAAAUUGCUGAAAGAUAUCUUGGACAGAAUGUAACAAAUGCAGUUGUGACCGUACCCGCUUAUUUUAAUGAUGCACAACGACAAGCAACGAAAAAUGCUGGUAUAAUAGCCGGUUUAAAUAUACUCAGGAUUAUUAAUGAGCCAACAGCAGCAGCUAUUGCGUAUGGAUUAGACAAUUUAAAUAAGAAGGACGGUGCUAAAAAUAUUCUUGUAUAUGAUUUGGGUGGUGGUACAUUUGAUGUUUCAAUUUUAACACUUGAUAAUGGCGUAUUCGAAGUACUUGCUACGAAUGGUGGUGAAGAUUUCGAUACACGUGUUAUGGAUUAUUUUAUAAAAGUAUUUAAAAAGAAAUCUGGCUAUGAUAUUGGAAAAAAUAUUCGCUCCAUAGAAAAACUUCGACGCGAAGUCGAAAAAGCUAAACGAAUAUUAUCAUCCGAACAUGAAACACGAAUCGAAAUUGAAUCAUUUUUUCAAAAUCAAGAUUUUAAUGAGAAAUUGACGCGUGCUAAAUUUGAAGAGCUCAAUAUAGAUCUUUUUCGUUCGACCAUGACACCUGUUCGACAAGUUCUGAAAGAUGCCAAAUUAGAAGUAUCCGAUAUAGCUGAAGUUCUUCUAGUCGGUGGCUCGACUCGAAUACCAAAAGUACGACAACUAAUCAAAGAUUAUUUCCAUGGCAAAGAACCAUCGCGUAGUAUCAAUCCAGAUGAAGCUGUUGCCUAUGGUGCAGCUAUUCAAGCAGCCAUACUAUCGGGUGAAGAAUGUACCAGUGAUAUUGUUAUAUUAGAUGUCAAUCCAUUAACAUUGGGCAUUGAGACUAAAGGUGGAGUUAUGUCCGAAAUUAUUCCACGAAAUACUCCAAUACCUUUCAUACAUAUGAAGCCUUAUUCAACCACUGAAGACGAUCAAACUUCUGUAGACAUAAAAGUAUUUGAAGGUGAACGGUCAAUGACCAAAGACAAUCAUUUUUUGGGACAUUUUGUUUUAUCUGGUAUAAAAUCGGCACCACGUGGUGAACCGUUAAUUGAUGUCACAUUUGAAAUUGAUGUUAAUGGUAUUCUCAAUGUCACUGCUAAAGAUAGAGAUACAGGCAAUAGGAAUAAUAUUGUAAUCAAUGCAGAUAAAAAUCAAUUAUCACAAAGACAAAUAGAUAGAAUGGUGAAGGAUGCACAGAAAUAUGCGGAUGAGGACCAACAAAUGAAAGAUCGAAUAGAAACCAGAAAUAACUUUGAAGCGUAUGUCUAUGCUUUAAGAACUCAAUUAAAGCAACCGAAUACAUUCCUUGGACGUUUAUCAUUAACCGACAAAACAACACUUGAAAAUGCUAUUGAAAAAGAAAUCCAGUGGCUCGAAUCAAAACCGCAAGCUUCAAUUGACGAACUCAAAGUAGAAGCUGAUCAAUUUGAAGAAAUUGUUACAUGGAUAACGAACAAAUACGAUCAACAAAGUAGCGAUUUCAAUAGUACUCGGCGACAAACAUACGCCCAUAGAACUGAUUUGUGA